AUAGACCCCGAUAGGUUGCGUUGUGGCAACACGAGAUUCCGAUUUCGCAUUCCUCCGGAGAAUUGAAUUUAGCCGUGAAUUAAACCCAUUGAACCGCCAGCCAUGCAUCCCGAUCUCACGGAGCGCAUUCUCCAGCAGCUGGAGACCGCCGACAAGGUGGACACCCUGGACCUGGCGGCGCUGUUUGCCGAGGAUCACCAGAAGAUAGUGGGCGCCUUGAAGAGCAUACAGGCGCAUGGCGAACUGGUCACCGCGGAGACGGCCACCCACAAGAGUCUGGGCCUCACGGACGAGGGUCGCGCUGUCGUGGAGCAUGGGAGUCACGAGGCUUUGGUCUACGCCGCUGUUCCCCCAGAGGGAAUCGCCCAGGCAGCUCUGAUGGCAGCCGGCGGGCCAAAUGGCAAAGUGGGCUUCAGCAAGGCCAUGUCCCACGGCUGGAUUCUGGUGGACAAGAGCGUCAGUCCGCCGCUGGUGCGCCGCAAGGUGGACACAAUCACCGACGUGGUGAGGAACCAACUGCAGCAGGUGGCCCAGGGCAAGGGCGACCAGCUGCCCGCCAAGGAGGUGACCGACUUCAAGAAACGCAAGCUCCUCCAGGAAACGACCACCAAGAGCUUUGUCCUGGCCCGCGGCCCCGAGUUCGCCACCACGCUCACCAAGCUGGAGACGGAUCUCACGGUGGAAAUGCUCGCCAGCGGUCUGUGGGAUCAGCUCAAGUUCAAGGCCUACAACUUUGAUGCCUUAGGUGCGCCACCAACGCGGGGACAUCUCCAUCCUCUGCUCAAAGUGCGCACCGAGUUCCGGCAAAUAUUCCUUGAGAUGGGCUUCUCUGAGAUGCCCACCAACAACUAUGUAGAGUCGUCGUUCUGGAACUUCGAUGCGCUCUAUCAGCCGCAACAGCACCCGGCUCGCGAUGCCCACGACACGUUCUUUGUGAACAAUCCGGCCAAGAGCCACAAGUUCCCGCAAGACUAUCUGGAGCGGGUGAAGAAGGUGCACUCGCAGGGCGGCUAUGGAUCCAAGGGUUACGGCUACGACUGGAAGCUGGAGGAGGCGCAGAAGAAUCUGCUGCGGACCCACACGACGGCCGUGAGUGCCAGGAUGCUGUACAAACUGGCCAACCAGGAGGGCGGCUUUAAGGCGGCCAAGUACUUCAGCAUCGACAAGGUGUUCCGCAACGAAACACUGGACGCCACCCAUCUGGCGGAGUUCCAUCAGGUGGAGGGUGUGAUUGCAGAUGUUGGCCUCACGCUGGGCGAUCUCAUUGGCACGCUGUACGAGUUCUUCAGGAAGCUGGGCAUCACGCAGCUGGAAUUCAAGCCUGCCUACAAUCCCUACACGGAGCCCAGCAUGGAGAUCUUCUGCUAUCAUCCCGGUCUGGGCAAGUGGAUCGAGGUGGGCAACUCGGGCGUCUUCCGGCCGGAGAUGCUGCUGCCCAUGGGUGUGCCAGAGAAUGUGAACGUAAUUGCCUGGGGUCUGUCGCUGGAGCGACCCACCAUGAUCAAGUACGGCAUCAACAACAUCAGGGAUCUUGUGGGACCCAAGGUGGAUCUGAAGAUGGUGGAGGAGGGCCCAAUCUGCCGGCUGGAUCAUGCUUAAUUCCUUAAAAAACCCUAGGAUCCGCCAUCAAAUUGCAUUUUUUUUAAAACAAACGAAUGUUCCAAAAAUAUUUAUAAAUAAAGUUUCCACCACAGAAAA